AUGCCUGCUGCUCCGCUGACAGUCGUGCUCGCUGUUCAUGGAGUCCAUGCCUCUGGUGCGCGAAUACGAGUACGUGCAGUAUACAAGUACUUGAAGUCAAGUACGGCUAGCCAGCCGUACAAUCAGGCACAGUCUCGGGCCCAGCACGAGCACGAGCGAGCAAAAGCACAAGCACAAGCACAGCACAAGCAAAAGCAAAAGCACAAGCACAGGCACAGGCACAGGCACAGGCACAGGCACAGGCACAGGCACAAGCACAAGCACAAGCACAAGCACAAGCACAAGCACAAGCACAAGCACAAGCACAAGCACAAGCACAAGCACAAGCACAAGCACAAGCACAAGCACAAGCACAAGCACAAGCACAAGCACAAGCACAAGCACAAGCACAAGCACAAGCACAAGCACAAGCACAAGCACAAGCACAAGCGCAAGCACAAGCACAAGCACAGGCACAGGCACAGGCACAGGCACAAGCACAAGCACAAGCACAAGCACAAGCACAAGCACAAGCACAAGCACAAGCACAAGCACAAGCACAAGCACAAGCACAAGCACAAGCACAAGCACAAGCACAAGCACAAGCACAAGCACAAGCACAAGCACAAGCACAAGCACAAGCACAAGCACAAGCACAAGCACAAACACAAACACAAACACAAAAAUCUGCACAAAGAAUUUGCGCAAACACAAACAGAAACAGAAACAUAG